GCUGAAAUUCUUUUUGAAAGAUGGCUUGUGUUAGUCCAGAUAAAAGCAUAACGACACCGAAAACUCACAUCGAUGGUGUUCCCGAUUUUGGAUGGCGAGUUCCCCUAACUUACAAAUGUCAAGAAAAAUGUGGCCCUUUCCAGUCGCCAAGGCUGAAACAGCUAACCGGAUUUGUUGGUCUUACUGUGAGAUAUAUGCAGUUCUGGUUUAAAAAAAGAAAUCAAGGAAGAAUACCAUUUAUCAAUCACCUAGAUCCUGUGAUGCACAACCCCAUAUAUGGCUGCCCAAUUGGUGGUAUUGGUUGUGGCACUAUAGGGAGGGGCUACCGAGGUGAAUUCUGUCGGUUUCAGAUGGUUGCUGGCAUGUAUAACUUUGCAGUCGUAGAUGCUGAUCAGUUUGUCGUGUGUAUCCGCAAGAAUGGAAAUACAGUUUACCAGCAAGUACUCUCUGCCCAGCCUAAGAAGACGAAAGGACUCGGCUCAUGGAAGUGGCAUUUUCCACAGCAGGAUGCCACGUACCAUGCCUUGUACCCCCGUGCCUGGACCAUUUAUGACAUUCCUGAACACAAAGUGCGACUUGUGUGCAGACAGAUUUCUCCUGUGUUUCCUCAUGAUUAUAAGGAAACUACACUCCCCACUGCUGUGUUUGUCUGGAGUAUAGAAAACAACGGUGAUGAGGAACUGGAGAUCAGCAUAAUGUUCACCUUCAAGAACGGCCGCGGUAUCAAAGAGGAUAAAGAUGGCGGCUGUUGGAACGAGCCGUUCUCUCACAAGUCUGACGACAGUGAGGUCCAGGGGGUUAUGAUUCACCAGGCAUUCAGAGACAUGGAUUGCACAUACGCAGUGUCAGCAGCUAAAAAGGAUGGUGUCAGCGUCAGUCACUGUGUGGAGUUUGAUCCGAACGGGUCCGGUGAAGAUGUCUGGAAUGACCUGAAGGAAGAUGGAAGUCUCAAUUCCGUUGGUGAGAACAGUGCAAAAACUAAAAAGGGAAAAGAAAUAGCAACAGCGGUAUGUGCAAAGUGCACCGUUAAGCCACAUGGCAAAGGUCAGCUUGACUUCUGUUUAGCCUGGGAUAUGCCUGUUAUUCUCUUUGCUGCAAGAGAACAAAAAUAUGCCAGGCGAUACACUCGAUGGUUUGGGACAAAAGGAGAUGCAGCUCCACGUUUGUGUGCUCAUGCACUGAUCUCAUACCCAGCCUGGGAAGAGAAGAUUGAACAGUGGCAAAAUCCAUUUCUCUCCAACAGCAAACUGCCGGCCUGGUACAAGUCUGCCCUGUUCAAUGAACUCUACUUCGUCAGUGAUGGUGGCACCAUUUGGGUAGACCCCAUCGCUGACAGCUCUGCGGAAUCAAGUGUCGACCCGGUACCAGAAUACAGCAAAUUCGCCUAUCUUGAAGGUCAUGAAUAUCGGAUGUAUAACACUUACGAUGUACACCACUAUGCAUCUUUUGCUUUCAUCAUGCUGUGGCCCAAGAUUCAAGAGUCGAUACAGUAUGAUAUAGCUGACUCUGUAGUAUCUGAGGACUUGGCAAGUGUAAAGUUCUGUAUGUCUGGAGAGAAGGGCAUAGUGAAAACUGCCAAUACAGUUCCACAUGACAUUGGUGAUCCAGAGGAUGAGCCGUGGAAGCGAGUGAACGCAUAUAUCAUUCACCCGACCUGUGACUGGAAGGACUUGAAUCUGAAGUUUGUGCUUCAGGUGUACCGUGACUACAGCCACACACACAACGAGGAGUUCCUCAAGUACAUGUACCCCAAGAUCAAGCUUGUCAUGGAAACGGCUUUAACCUGGGAUACAGAUGGCGAUGGUAUCAUUGACAACAGUGGAUUUGCAGAUCAGACUUACGAUGCUUGGACCAUGCAAGGAGCAAGUGCCUACUGUGGUGGAAUGUGGCUUGCCGCUCUCAGGAUGGUAGUAGACAUGGCUAAGCAUCUGGGAUUUGACGAAGACCAAGCGAAAUAUGCUGAGGUGUUGGAGAGGGGCAAAAAGUCGUAUCAGGACAAACUUUGGAAUGGUCGGUACUACAACUUCGACUGCAGCCAGCAUGGUCACCACGACAGUGUGAUGGCUGAUCAGCUGGCUGGACAAUGGUUCUUGAAAGCAUCUGGUCUACAAGAUGACACUGUGUUUCCACCAGCCAAUGUGAAGAGUGCCCUGAAGACCGUGUUCGAAAACAACGUGAUGAUGUUUUCUAACGGCAACAUGGGUGCAAUCAACGGAACACGCCCUGAUGGCAAGAAAGACAUCAGUUCCUGUCAGUCAGAGGAAUUCUGGGUAGGAAUCACGUACUCUGUGGCUGCAAGUAUGAUACAAGAGGGUUUGAUAGACGAAGGUUUUCAGACAGCGUGGGGAUCGUACCACGCUUGCUGGGAGUGGAUGGGCCUGGCGUUCCAGACCCCCGAGGCGUACAUGACCAGCAGGCACUACCGCUCCCUCGGGUACAUGCGGCCACUAAGCAUAUGGUCUUUACAGUGGGCCCUGGAGAAAUUCCACCCGGAAUAUCUCAACGUGAAAACAGGGGAGUCGCAAGUAAAGGUUGCACCUGAGAUCAACAAAGAAAAAAAGUCUGAUUCUGGUGUCAGCCUACCGGAAAAGAGUGUAGAAUCUGAAGAGACGGUUCAUGUGGAGUCAGUGAAAGUAAAAGAAGAACAAGCAGAUUCUGGUGUCAGCCUAUCGGAUAAGAGUGUAGAAUCUGAAGAGAAGGCCCAUGUGGAGUCUGUGAAAAUAAAAGAAAAAAAGUCUGAUUCUGGUGUCAGCCUACCGGAGAAGAGUGUAGAAUCUGAAGAGAAGGUUCAUGUGGAGUCGGUGAAAGUAAAAGAAAAAAAGUCUGAUUCUGGUGUCAGCCUACCGGAGAAGAGUGCAGAAUCUGAAGAGAAAGUUCGUGUGGAGUUCGUGAAAGUAAAAGAGGAAUUGCAAGCAAAUGCGACAACCGAUGUGAUCAAAGAAGAAAAAUCAGGUUCUGAUGAAUGUGCUGAAACGGAGUCUAGUGGAUAUCAGAGUUCUGAAGUGUUGCCAUCCUAAUUAUUAGGACCAUCUGGCGUCAGAUACAUGUACUGGUUUAUGCAGUAGGAAAUACUUAACAUUUAUUUGACUUUCUAAGUUGUGAUAAACCAAUCAAAAAUGAGCAUCUUAAUCUGCAACUGUUUCAUUAACCAAAAUGGUGAAUAGAAUUUUUCUGACAUUAUUGUCUAAACAAUUGAUUAAUCUUUUGGAAUCUGAAAUUAAUUUUUAAAUAAUAAUAAUAAUAAUAAUGUGGAUAGACUGCUUAUAAAUGCUCCAUUUUAUGUCUACAAUCAAAUGUAUAUUUUGUUACAAUGUAGUAGAGCUGUAACAAUACGGCGAUACAGUAUCGUAUCUUGAUACGAGGGCCACGAUAUGAUACCUUGAUUCAGGACAGCUGUAUUGCGAUACAAUACGAUACGAUAUAUUGAUUCAGAACAGCUGUAUCGCGAUACGAUACAUUGAUUCAGGACAGCUGUAUCACGAUACAAUACGAUAUGAUAUAUUGAUUCAGAACAGCUGUAUCGCGAUACAAUAUGAUACGAUAAAUCGAUUCAGAACAGCUGUAUUGCGAUACAAUACCAUAUGAUACAUUGAUUCAGAACAGCUGUACCGCGAUACAAUACCAUAUGAUACAUUGAUUCAGAACAGCUGUAUUGCGAUACAAUACAAUAUGAUACAUUGAUUCAGAACAGCUGUAUUGCAAUACAAUAUGAUACAUUGAUUCAGAACAGCUGUAUCGCGAUACAAUACGAUAUGAUACAUUGAUUUAGAACAGAUGUAUCACAAUACGAUAUGAUACAUUGAUUCAGAACAGCUGUAUCGCAAUACAAUAUGACAUGAUAUAUUGAUUCAGAACAGCUGUAUCGCAGUACAAUACGACAUGAUAUAUUGAUUCAGAACAGCUGUAUUGCAAUACAAUAUGAUACAUUGAUUCAGAACAGCUGUAUCGCGAUACAAUACGAUAUGAUACAUUGAUUUAGAACAGAUGUAUCACAAUACGAUAUGAUACAUUGAUUCAGAACAGCUGUAUCGCAAUACAAUAUGACAUGAUAUAUUGAUUCAGAACAGCUGUAUCGCAGUACAAUACGACAUGAUAUAUUGAUUCAGAACAGCUGUAUUGCAGUACAAUACGACAUGAUACAUUGAUUCAGAACAGCUGUAUCGCGAUACAAUACGAUAUGAUACAUUGAUUCAGAACAGCUGUAUCGCGAUAUGAUACAUUGAUUCAGAACAGCUGUAUCACAAUACGAUAUGAUACAUUGAUUCAGAACAGCUGUAUCGCAAUACAAUACGACAUGAUAUAUUGAUUCAGAACAGCUGUAUCGCGAUACAGUACAAUACAUUCAUACAGUUGCCAAACAAUAUCUGUGUUCCCUCUACGUCUGUACCGUCUGAAAGGGUUGUCAAUACAGCAGGGGAUGUUGUAACUGCCCAGCGAUCUGCACUUAAAACUAAACAUGUUAUCAAGUUGAUUUUUCUAUUAAAAAAGCUGACAUUUCAUUAACUGCAUUGAACAAGCAUGUUACGUUCAUUUUUCUGAAGACUUCCCAUUUGUAUUUCGAAACAUUUUAAUUUCGUUUUAUUGUCAGGUGACAAUGAAACUAUCCUGUCAUGUCUUAAAUUUUGAUUACGGUUAUCAAUUUUCAUAAACAUGAACUACCGAAAACAGUUUAAUUAGCGAUGUUUGAUAUGAAAAGUUAAGUAUCGCGACCCAAGUAUCGGGACUUCCCGUAUUGUUACAGCUCUACAAUGCAGUGAUAUAUUUUCCACUUCCCACAAUGUGGGAUAUGUCUUUUAUUAGAUCAUAAAUUCUUGUUUUCUCUGAUCUAAGCUUUGUAUAUUCUCACAACUUGGGGUGGUUUUGUUUUGGAAACUGUUACUUGAUUUCUGUUAUAUAGAAUACAGUAACUAAACUGUAUACGUUUGAUUGUACAUCACUCUCUUUCGCUCAUGAUGUCCGAUUGAAAACACACUCAUACUAUAAACUAUCUCUUUACUGUUGACAUGCUAGUACUUACUAGCAAUUGAAUUAAUAUUGUGAGAUUGUUUUGUUUUUUAAAAUGAAAUAUGCACUUUCAAUAAAAAUAAAAAGUAGUAUCUGCAGUGAAAAUACAUAGCCAUAAUGAAAGGGGCUUGUGGUUUUUCAUAUGGAGCACUGACUUUUCUGUGAUAUUAGUCCCCUGGCCAAUGGAAAUAUUUCUAUCAUAACUGGUAGAGCGUUCACCUGAGGUGUUUUGGUAGGAGGAUCAAAUCCCCUUGGUAGAACCAUUCCCUGUGGGUUUUUCCUGUUCCAACUAGUGCCCCAUGACUGGUAUAUCAGGCGAAAUGUGUGUCUCGUCUGUGGGAAAGUGCAAAUAAAAAGAUCGCUUUCUGCCAAUGAAAAAAUGUAGCAGGUUUCCUCUAAGACAGUAUGUCAGAAUUAUCAACUGUUUGACAUCCCAUAGCCGAUGAUUUGUAAAUCAGCCUGCUCUAAUAGAGUCAUUAAACACUCAUUUUGAAAUGCAAAUUGUUAGAAUAUUUAUAUUUGUUUUUGUUUUGUUUUCAUCCAUAUUGUGCAUUUGUAAAAAUAGCUGGCAUUUAAUGCUUCUUUUAUAAUAAUUAUGAGUUAUUUUCCAUUGUUUCACUUUUAACAGGUAUAUGUUCAUGUAUUUUUUCUUUUUUGCUUGAAUGUUUAUUUAUGAAAUGUACCAGUGAUUUAGAAGCCAGUUGUCUAUUGUACGCACAAUUUUUGAAAAUGAUUUAAUUUUUUUAUCUUGGUUUUUUUUUUUUUUUUUUUUUUUUACAAAUUUAGUCUGCUAAUUAUGGUGUUGUGAAUAGUUGUACAACAAAAGAUUUGUAUUAUAUCUUACUUGUUUUACAUUCAAAAUCAAUCCAUUCCUAUGACUUCAUCUUUUACCUAUGAAUUAUGGCAUGUACUUAAAUUUAUGUUAUGUUCUGCUCACUUGACUCUAUUAUGUAUAGAGAUUAUUAUACGAGCUUCUGUGUCGUACUGAUUUUCCGAAACGAGUGUCGGGAUUAUUGUAUUGCCAGAGCGAGAGUGAGGGUAAUGCAUGAAUCCUGACACAAGUUUCAUAAAAUUAGUAUGACUCACACGCGAGUGUAAUAAUUUCUUUAUUAUCUAUAUUAUUAUUGUUGUUUUCUUUAUGAAUAACAAGACCCAACUCAAAAUGUUUCAGCCACAACUUGACGGAGAUGACGAAAUGACGUCAUAUUUCAAAUACACAGUUUGAGCUAAGACUGGAGAAGCAACGUCAUGUUAUGAGUCGCUUCCCACAAUUACGUCAUUGCAGUUGUCAUUACAGGUGUGCUUUGUAUGAUUAUUAACUUGGUUGUGUUGAACCAUAUGGAUAAUGAACUAUAUUAUUAUACUGAUGGAAAGAAAUAAGAGAACACACAAGCAGUAACAGGAAAUACUGACUUCAAACCAAAACCCUCGUCCAUAAUGUCAGCAUGGCAAGCCCUGGGUUGCUAUUUUUAUUCACCAAAAAAUUCGCCAGUCUUCAAUUUCUUUCGCCAAUCUAAAUAUGUAUUCCCCAACUACAUAUCGGCAUUUCAGUCAAAAGAUUUUGUUUUUAAUCUCGUGCUUUAUGAUAGUAAAGUUCAUGCUAAAAUGUACUUGUUAUUCAAUUUAUGACAUUGCUUUAGGGGGUCUAUUUUUUACUCAUCUAAUAGUGGCAUGCUGCUGAUAUAUAGGACAGGCCAUAGCCCAGUAGUAAAGCACUCGUCUGAUUUGCGGUCAGUCAGUGCCAAUUGUUUCGCCAAUUUUUUUAUGUUUUUAGCAGUUGCCGACUUUGACGAACGACAGCGCGAGCCCUGACUUGGGGAAACUAACCAUGUUAUUGACAUUCAAUCCCAUAUUAUAUCUUUGUAUUUUAUACAGACGUAAAUAAUUUAAAUUAGAUCUAACAUGACAUGUUUUCCCUUUUUUUUUUUUUUCAUCAGUAUAUUACUAAGUCAGGUCUCCCAAAAUUAUGAAAAUGAUAGUUUUGUUGACCGAAUGCCCAUGCACACAUUAAAUUUAGAACAUGAUAUAUGUUGAUGUUCAGUAACGCAAAAUUAAAUGUUACCUGUUUUUGUUUUUAUUUAAUUCAUAAAUGGUUUCUGCAAACAUUACAUUUUCCAAGGCUUGUGAAUAAAUUAAAUGCAGAAAAUUGAGAUAUGAUCCAAGGUUACCAAAAGUAUAAUUCUUUAUUUAGUUUUUAUCAUUAAUAUUCUAUUUCAUGGGAUAUGUACAGACUUAAUACAAAUUAAUAUUCUGAUAUUUCAUGGGAUAUGUACAGACUUAAUACAAAUUAAGAAACAGACUUUUUUUGGGAAUUUACCUCACUUACGGUAAUGAUUUAGACAUACAUGUAGGAUAAUCAUAGACAAAGUUUUAGAUACAAAAUUGUGAUAUUGCUCUUAGACUUCUUACUGCUUUUGUCAUUAUUUAUGAAUUUGGUGAAUAAUCCAUCGGGUUUUGUUUUUUCAAACAGUUUAUUUAUUUUUACAAGAGUCACUAGAAUAACUAUAAAAUUGCAACUUUUCUGAUACAUGUCUCUCAUUCGGCCAUCAAAGUAUAUGUAUAUGUAGAUAAUUAUUGGAGUUGUCUACCUUGAUGAAAAUUAUUUCUUUUACAAAUAAUGAAUUCUGAUUAAGAAUAAUCUUUUUAAUUUGUAUGCAGUUGGUGCAAUCGCUCAUUGUGAACCAUUUUAUGUUUUCUAAAAUACUUUUGUUGAGAAAUUAUAUUAAUUAGAGAUCUUGCAGUGUGUCAAGUGCAUGUAGUUAUUAAAUUCUUACUUUGAUGAGAAUAAGGCCAAAAAAUAAUAUAUAGUCGAUCUCUGAUCAAAUAAAAGUUUAAAAAUUAAUGUGGCGAUGCAUUUUUAAAAAUUUAUUAUUCUUGGUUUUUUAAAGCAUGGAUUGCUCAGAAAGAAAAGAAGGGUGUAUCUAUUUAUUUAUUUUUAACUUCCUCAUCUGCCUUGGUCCCUCCUUAUUGGCCAUGGUGCCCUCACAUUUGCCUUGGUAGGCCUACUCUAAAUGCGUUCCAUCACAUUUUCCAUACAGCCAAAAGAACUUUUAUGAGCAGGCACAACGGAAGGAAGUAGAUAAUGGGGGGGGGGGGGGGCUGACUGAGAUCGAGGGUGCAAAGCAAAGUUUCUAGAGGGUUUGGGAGUACGUUUUAAAAUUUUGAAAAAGAGAUGUCUUAAAAUGCAAUUUCCUGAAUUCUUCUAGUAAAAUUUAUCUCUGCCUUAAGAUUUACUACCAGUAAUAUUUUUGAUUCAGAAUUAUUGAAGGGGCCUCUAGCCCACCCCCACUCCCCAGCCCCCAGCCCCCAGCCCCCAGCCCCCCCUGCUCUGCCGUGCCUGAUGAGUACAACUAAGCCCCUUAAAUGUCACGGUGCAUCACUAUAUUAUUAUUUGAGGUGGCACAGCAUUAUUUAUGGUAUAGAUGGUACUGUUGUAGCUACCUUGAAAAAUAAAUAAAUAAAUUAUUUUGACUUAUGAGGUAAAAAUCAACGCACGAGCUGACCAGAGACCAGCAAUAUAUUUUUGUUUUGGCCUAAAGUUGUGUUUUGUUUAGGAAAGCUAAAUAAUGAGGUGGUGUGUGUGUGUGUGUGUGUGUGUUCCUGUCUGUGUGUGUGUGUUCCUGUCUAUGUGUGUGUGUGUCUGUGUGUGUGUUUUGUGUGUGUACAUGUACAUGUGUACACACAUGUGUUCACAUCACAUAUGUUACUUUUUCGUUUUUGAAGUUAUAUUUAAUAAAUUGCUCAUUUAAGUGAUA